UGGUUGUUCAUUAUCAUCUUCACAAUCACGGCCACCAAGCUUGGAUUACAGCAAAAAAUGUCAGCUUCUUCAAAACUCUUAUUGUCACGCAAUGUAUUCAUGGGUUCCACAAUUACCCACAAAUCAAUAAAAACAAUCCCCACUUUUCUCUCCUCAAAACCCUUAUCACUAAUCCCUUCUUUUGAACUCCACCGUCAUUGCUCCUCUUCUGAUCUCUCACUUGAUACUGAAACCCUAAAUACCCUUCACCACCCUUGGCCGGAAUGGGUGUCUUUCGUUGAUCGGUUAAAAACUAAGGGUUACUUUAGCAAAACUUCAGAUGCCACUGCAAGUGUUUAUAAAGACGUGAACCAAUUAAAAGACCCUUGUCUUAGUUUUGCACGGGACAGAUAUGAUCUUUUUAAAUUAUUGUGUGUUGAUGAUAUUAAAAUGGUUUUGAAGAGUGGAUGUCCUACUAUUCUUCGAAAAACUGUGAAUUCUGCCAAAAGGUUGAGGGCUUAUGCGCGAUUGGAUGAAGGAGAUACUUGCGGUGCUUGCAAUCUAAGGGGGUCUUGUGACAGAGCUUAUGUGAUACUAAAGGAUAAUGAAGGAGAUGCGCGUACUGUGGAUAUAGUGCGCAUACUAAUGUCUUAUGCAUUAGAUCCACUUGUUAUUUCAGAGGAAGGAAAACCUCCUGGUAGAGAGGCUGUCGAAGGAUUUGUUAGAAAGCUACUCUCUGAUUUGAUUGAAUUGAGUCAGAAAACUCCUGAUCCGCCAGUCCAGGAGCCUGCUGCUAAUGCUGUGCGUCAGAAGGAGCAAGGGAGGAAAAUUAGUAGUGAAGCAAGGCCUCAUCUAUCUAAUGCACUUAACAGAGAUAAUCUGUCUCAGAAUGUUGAAAUGAAAAGAGGGGAUUGGAUGUGUCCCAAAUGCAAUUUUAUGAACUUCUCUAAAAAUAUUCAAUGCCUAAAAUGUGGUGAAGAUGGCCCAAAAAAAUCUGGUGUUUCUAACAUGGAAAUGAAGAAAGGAGAUUGGUUAUGUUCCAAGUGCGAUUUCGUGAAUUUCUCUAAAAAUGUGAGAUGCCUAAAGUGCAAAACCGAGGGGCCUAAAAGAGUUGGUGCAAGUGACAUUGAAAUGAAAAAAGGAGAUUGGAAUUGCUCGCAGUGUGGAUUCAUGAAUUUUGCAAGCAAUAAGAAGUGUUUGUCUUGCCGAGAAGAACGACCUAAGAGACAGCUGCAUCCUGGAGAGUGGGAAUGCUCGAGGUGUGAUUUCUUGAACUACAGCCGGAAUAUCGUCUGCCUCAAGUGCAAAAAUGAGCGUCACAAAGCAGCAACUACGGAGUAUGAAGAUCAGAUUUGGAGAAGACCUCAAUAAAAUAGUGCAGUUCUGGAAAUGAGAGAAAUGUUGUUGUAUAAUGUUUUCUUUUUCGCAAAGUAUACAAAUCUCCCUUCAGUUAUUGGCAGAUUUAAUUGCAAAUAGAAACAGAAUCACAAAAUUGGUGGUGUUCCUUCCUGUUCUGCAGCUAAAUUUCUGAAAGUCCAGACAGAUUUGGUAUCCAAGAAAAUUUAAUGUAAUUAGGAUUCUUACUUAUUUUUUUAUUUGGUACGAUGAAAAAAAAAUUGAAAUUAAUGUCAAAUGAAAUGAAAUGGUUAUAAGCCAAGUGGCACUAA